UACCAUCAGUAUGUAAGUGUAAUAUGUUUCUGAUUAUUUCUCAAUAAUUUUUAUCUCCCCUUAUAAAAUGCACGCUUGCCACCUGAGGUGAGUAAGGUGGAUGCUGCGUUAGAGAGUAUUUUAGUUAUGUCACGGUGUGUCCUCUGUAGCUCCAUUGCUUUUCAUUUGUAUGUCAAAACCCAAAUUAAUGCUAUGAAGCAAGUUCUUCAAUGUUAUUCAGAGUUCUCUACCCUGAAUCAUAUACGGAGCAAGACGCCAUAUGAUGUCCAGUCAACAGCUGCAGGUGACCUCAUCUCAAGGGUCAUCGGUAACAGGUCUUCUGACUUCCUGGUCUCGGUGGAUCCCAGUAUAGGGCCGAAGAACAGGGACACAUUCAAGUUGGUGUCAAAUGGCGUCAAGCUGUCCAUCACAGGGACCAGUGGUGUGGCGGUUGCCAUGGGCUUCUAUUAUUACCUCAAGUACUAUUGUGGGGGACAGUACACCUGGGCGGGGCAACAGGUCGCCCUGCCUGCGGUGCUCCCAGCCAUUGCAUCUCCUGGAAAAACAGUCACUUCCAAUGAUCAGUUUCGGUACUACCAGAACGUUUGUACAGUCAGUUACUCCUUCGCCUGGUGGGACUGGACCAGAUGGGAGAGAGAGAUUGACUGGAUGGCCAUGCAGGGUAUCAACCUACCAUUGGCCUUCACUGGACAGGAGGCCAUGUUCCAGAGGGUGUACAUGGCGAUGGGCUUCACUAAUGAGGACAUGGCGUCACACUUUGGUGGACCAGCAUUUCUAGCAUGGGCCAGAAUGGGAAAUAUACAUGGUUGGGGAGGCCCAUUGCCCCAAACCUGGAUAGACGGUCGGCUGAUACUCCAACACAAGAUUCUGAAAAGGAUGAGGUCACUUGGUAUCACUCCAGUCCUGCCUGGGUUUGCCGGCCAUGUUCCUGCUGCCAUUACAAGGGUGUUCCCCCAGGCUAAUGUCACAAGGCUUGGUGGAUGGUCCAACUUCCGUCAGAACUACUCCGAAACCUAUCUGCUGGAUUUCAAUGACCCCUUGUUUGCAAAGAUAGGUGGCAGUUUCAUCAAGGCGAUGGAAUAUGAAUUUGGCGUUGACCACAUCUACAAUGCUGACACCUUCAAUGAAAUGUCACCAAAGUCAAGUGACCCAGCUUACUUGGCCUCAGCUGCUAAAGGAGUCUACAAUGGAAUGUUGGCAGGCGACACUCAAGCUAUCUGGCUGAUGCAGGGCUGGCUGUUCAUGUCCCAGGGGUUCUGGAAGCCCCCUCAGAUCAAGGCCCUCCUCACUGCAAUACCACAGGGCAAGAUGAUCAUCCUUGAUCUCAUAUCAGAGUUAGACCCCAUCUACUCCCGCACAGAGUCCUACUAUGGUCAGCCAUUCAUUUGGUGUAUGUUGCACAACUUCGGGGGCACCAUGGAGCUGUACGGAGCCCUAGACAAGGUCAACAAGGGUCCAUCCACGGGCCGCUCCUUCCCUAACACCACCAUGGUGGGCACAGGUCUCACCCCAGAGGGCAUCAACCAGAACGAGGUCAUGUACGAGUUCAUGAACGAACAGGCGUGGAGGCCAGGACCUGUUAAUCUGGAUGAUUGGAUCGACAGCUACCAGAAACAGCGAUACGGUGGAGGAGACAAGUACACCUCUCUGGCCUGGUCUCUUCUGAAGUUGAGUGUAUACAACUGCUCUGACAUCCAUCGGGAGCACAGUACUAAUGUCCCUAUAACUACACGGCCGAGACUUGUACCUGAACUUGCACCAGAUAUAUGGUAUGAUCCAGAGCAGCUGUACCAGGCAUGGGACAACAUGGUCCUGGCCUCAAAGACUCCAGCACUAGGGAACAACUCCCUGUUCACGUAUGACCUUGUGGAUGUGACCCGCAACAGCCUACAGAUCCUCUCCUCCAUGUACUACCACGACAUCAUCGCCGCCUACAACACAACCAACACCUCACAGCUCCAAAUAGCAGGCCAGAAGAUGAUUGACCUUCUGAGUGACCUUGACACACUUCUUGCCUCUGAUGGUCACUUCCUGUUGGGCAAAUGGACUGAAGCGGCUCGGAAGUUUUCUCUUGAUGUAAAUGAUACAAUCUUGUACGAUCUCAACUCACGGAAUCAGGUGACGUUGUGGGGCCCGACUGGACAGAUCAGGGACUAUGCAGCCAAACAGUGGUCUGGCCUGAUAAACAAGUACUACAAACCAAGAUGGCAGCUGUUUGUUGAUAGUUUAGUCAACUCCACUAAAACUGGCAAACCUUUCAACAAUGUGGAGUACGACCAGGCAGCAUUCUCCACGGUGGAGCUUCCAUUCUCCAAUGACCACACAUCCUUCCCUACCACUGUUACAGGAAGUUCCGUGGAUCUAGCUGCCAAAUUCCACCAGAAGUAUCGGUCAGAAACUAAGUCCAAGUUCUUUUCCCAGUUCCCAAGAAAGUUUGACAGAAAUACUGCCUUCUCUAAAUUGCAAGCAAGACAAUGGGGGCGGGCUCUUGCUUAAUGAGCAUGAGGUUGUAAAUACAUCACCCCCAAAUUGCCCUAACUUCGUCAUGUAUGACGAUACAAUUUUAUUGGUUGGUGGAGAUGUGGAAUGGAGACUUUGAGGCUCUCGUAAGAUCACAAAUGUGUGCAAGAUUUUCAUCACUAUAAAGAAGGAUAUUUUUGUAAUAAAUUUUACAACACCAUUUUUCAUCUCGUCAGGCUUAAAGAUGACAUUCUACUUCCACUUCCACAGAUCAGCCAAGGGAUAUAUGUGAUUUCCAUGAAAGGGUAACACUUGAAGUAGCUUGUUUCUCAUGAAAUAUUAAUUACACUGAAAACACCUUGGUACAUAUGAGUGUCAUUUACUGUCAAGAAGCUUGUUAUUACCUGUGUAAUACUCAAAAAUCACAAAUGUAUCUCGAGGUU